UGGUGUCGGGGGCGCGCUGUGUGCUGGUGUCGGGGGCGCGCAGGUUGGUUUCGCUUCGCUUCGCUGUGUGUGUGUGAGUCCGAUGUGGCGGCGGAUCGGGCGCUCGAUUGGAAACUUGUUCAAAAUGGGGGCGAAACUAUCCAAGAAUCCAGUGAGCUAUGGCUUCCCUUUCCUUGAAGACAAAAGUACCAUAGAAGUGAUGAAGGAAACUCACACCUUCGUUAUUCUACGGGGCCUGCCGGGCAGCGGCAAGAGUACCGUGGCCAAACAGAUUGCGGAGAAGUAUCCGUCCAUCUCUGGCGUGGCUUCUGCUGAUCACUGGAAGAUCACUCCCUUGCCGAAGGAGUCCGAGACCGAUAGCAGUCGGUACCAUGAGUUGGACCAGCAAAUCAAGGAGUGUUUGGGAGACAAAAUGAUCGUUGUGGUCGAUGACACCCAUCACAAUAAGGAGCGCCUGGACUACCUCUUCGAUCUGGCCAAAGAAAAGGACUACAUUGUCUUCAUUUUUGACAUCAGACCCGCGAACAGGGACCUCGGUAGUUUGGUGAAAUGUAGCCACUGGAAUUACACUAUGGAGCAGCUGAAGCUGAUGGAGCCAGAGUUACAGAAGAAGGUUGUCCCUUACUACUUUGGCUGGUUCUUGGCGAGGCAGGAUGCGGAGAAGAUGCGCAAAUACGCAAUGGGUUUCCUGGAUGAGCUCAGCAAGAAUGAGACAUUUGGGGAAGAGUUUUUAAAAUAUGUGAAAUCAGAUUCCAAAGAGAACUUCAAACUGGAGGAGUAUUUCCAGAAGAAGCCCAGUGUGCUACAUUGUUCAACAAAGUUCUGCGACUACGGAGCAGCUCCGAAUAGUGAAUCUUACGCUGGAUCCAAGAUUGUUGAUGACUCCCUUUCAAAGUGCUUUGUCCUGAAGGUUUCAGCAUUGUUCAUCACACCCAGAACACUGGGAGCCCGUGUUGAGCUGGAUAAAGAUCAGCAGCUGCUCUGGCCUAAGGAUGAAGAGGCAGUUGGUAGUGGAGACCAGGUGAAUCUUCCACACAGCAGCAGAUCCCACAUCACCUUGGCAUGUGCUCCUGGAGUGCAAGCAGUUCAGACUGGACUCGAUCUGCUCGAUAUUUUAAAAGCUGAGAAUGCAGAAGCCCAGCAUCACCCUAAGGUCGUGUUGGAGCAAGGUGAAUGUUGUUGUCUUGGCGAAGGGAGGUGGAUAAUGAACCUGCCCAACUCCAUUAAAGUGAAUACCCUUUUCUCUGGGUUUUAUGCAAAAAAGAAAUCCACCGCUGAAUGAAGGGAAGUUAGGAGAAGCAAACAUUUUUUUUUACUUACAGUAUGUUAUGGCACAUAUAAAAAAAAAAAUCAGUGGAAGUCAAAUUCUGUGGUACAUUACUGUAAUCUCAAGCACAUUGCCUAUUUUUUUUUUUAAUUAUUAGACUACAAUUUUCUAUAUUUUUUGUUAAAUUUGUAAUUGUAAUAUUCUGGUAGGUCAUUUAGUUGGCUUUAGGUGUAACUGCAUGCCUAGUGUUUAAUUCUGCUACCAAAUGUAGUUCGCUGCUCAGCAAGACCAAUUGGUGAUUUAACCAAAGCAAGAUUAGCAUCUGGUCAAGCUACAUUUAAUGACAGCCGAGUUCUGCGCAGCCAUGUGCAAGUUUAGGGGACGAGGGUCACAUAUUUGUUUGUUGUGGCAAUCUACUCCUGCAGAACCAGCCAGCUUCAUGUUGAAAUAACUCAAAGUCAGCCAGCACUAUUCAGAAUCAGAUGGACAUAUUUGCUUUAAGCAUGCGCGUAAAUAUCCAUAUGAUGUUGUUCUUCUUGCUACCGCAACGCCUGGAUUAAUGAUUCAAUAAAUAAUUUGCAACAAACUA